GUUGGAGCAGUGGAUAGUGGCGGCCAGACUGCGCUUGGUUGCUCUCGGGUCGGCCUCCACCAGGCUGCGCAGAGCGUCAAAGUCCACCUCGGAGGGACGUCCCGACCUGGGUCGGUCCUCGAGGCUCCUGUCGCCGGAGCGGAAGGGACUGUACCAGUAUUGGCAGGUAUUGAGGGAGAGGGCGUCACGGCCUUCCGUCUGGCACAGAUGACGGGGCGCCUGAGUAGCGGAGACGCCCAGGUCGAAGUCGAAGAGCAGAGGGCGAUUGCCACGAGGAGCAUGGACGUCGUGGACCAACAGCCCACCUCCUGGAAUUCGGUACUGACGGGAUGCGAUGCCCAGAACAAGUACUCGGUGAAGACCGAAGAGGGGAAUGAGCUGUAUUUCGCUCAGGAAGAUUCCAACUUCUGCCUCCGCAUAUUGUGUAGUUACCUCAGACCCUUUCAACUCUCAUUGACGAACGGCAACAACCAAGUUGUUCUUCGACUUGAGCGUCCCUUCAGAUGCAAUGGAUGCUGCUUCCCCUGCUGCCUACAAGUACUUCGGGUGUACUCGGGGACGGGGGAGCACCUCGGCACCAUCGAAGAGGAAUGGGCGCUUUGGAAGACCAAUUUGAGGAUCAAGGACUCCAACGACGAAGUUGUGUAUCGCGUAAAGGGUUCCUGUUGCCCCUGCUCCUUCUGUGGCGCCGACGUCGAAUUUCCCGUGCUAAACGAAAGCGAGACAAGACAGGUGGGAAUGAUCCGGAAGCACUGGUCUGGCGCCCUCAAAGAAUGCUGCACGGAUGCAGACGAUUUCGACGUCUCCUUCCCCAAGGAUUUGGAUGUCCGUCUGAAGUCCCUCUUCAUCGGAUCGCUCUUUCUCUUGUCUCAUCACUACGGGUGUAUUGGUAGCUUGAUGGCCACAUUUGUGGAUCAAGAGGGUGUCGGGAUCAAGUGUAAAUGCCAGCAAUGUGCAUGCAUGAGAAAAACAUGUCGAGGCUUCACUGCAUCACAGAAGGAUUUCUUGCUUUUCCAGAAAGACAGCGGAUGGCACUAAGCAUCGAUGCAUCACAUCGACGAAACCCAGCCUUGGCCUUUUUAAAAAUUAUAUUUAUCGACCAGGAUUUCCAUCUUGACGCUGAUUCCAUUACUUGCCAGAUUGAAUUCCCUGCAGACCUUCCGCACCAAGAUUCCACAUCACUUUAGGCGACAUUAUUAUGAGCAUUAACAGGAUUUCUCUGAGAGUGUAUCUCACCUAACGAUUCACUUUAUGCAUGUUGUGUGCCUCGGGGGAAAUUAUUCUCAUCGAUCAGCACGAGUUUGUGAUUUCGAGUUGUUGCUGUCACCGUAAAAGCACAUUCCAUCGGCUUUUUGAUUUUCUCUGUCUCAAUGCAGUCGAAAUGAAAUGCCUCAAUCUACGCGUUCAGAGAGCUUCACUUACUUCACUUACUAUUCAAAAGCUUCGUCCAUUUUUCUUAAUGCCGUUUUUUGAACGAUAGUUAUUAGUUUUCAGAUGAAUUUGAUGCCGAAGCAGCUAAGAUUUCUUCUCUAUAAGAAGGC